UGUUGCUGCAAAGAAACUAAAUUCCUGCUUUUAUAUUUGAAGCCAUCACAGUUUUUCAGUCCAUCUACUUUCAAUUCAAGGGAAAUUCUGCUUCAUCAAGUAUCUUCUUUCAUGGAAAACAAACAAGAAGAAGAAAAUAUGGAAAGUGUGUCUGAAGGGAAUGUGGUCCAAGAUCCCAAGGGGGAAGAUGAGAUGAAAGAUUCCUCAAUUGUAGAGGAGCUUACCGAAUAUGACCAGGAAUCACAGCGGGACGAUAUUUCAGAGCUUUUCUGUCGUAUCACUAGCGUGAUAUCUGAUGAUAUGACGAUGACCCAGAGGCAGCUAGAGGUAAAAUUAAUCCCUAAUCAAAGCUAUGAAGAAGAUAAGCUUGUGGAUGCAGAGAUGUACAAUGAUCUUGACUUGUAUCUAGCAGCUAUAAAUGGCGAUCUCGAUCACUUCAAAAUAAUUCUUUAUAGAAUUUCAUCGAGUGAUUCUGUAGAUGAUAUUUUGUCUAGGCUGAGCCCUACUCAAAACACAUUUCUUCAUGUAGCCGCCAAACAUGGAAAACUAGAUAUAGUGGUAUUCAUAGCCACUACGAAACCAUCACUUGUCUUGGCCAAGAAUUUCAAUGGAGACACUGUGUUGCAUCUCGCAGCGAAAGGUGGAGACGAGUCAAUGGUAAAAGCCCUUGUGGGACAUCUCUCUCAUAAUGAGACUGAGAAGCGUAAUCUGCUGAGAGCAGAGAAUGGGAUGGGAAACACAGCCUUGCAUGAAGCAUUACUCAUUGGUUGUGAAUCAAUUGCUAGUUUUUUGAUCCAGCAAGACUCUGAGCUAUCAUAUGUCCUAAACAAGCGUGGAGAAUCUACCGUUUACUUGGCAUCGAAAGCUGGUCUUGUAGAAUGCGCGUCUUCUAUUCUUGCACAGUGCACGGAUGAGAACCUCGUAAAACUGCUUUUCGAGAGUAAAUCUCCCAUUCAAGCAGCAGUUGAGAGGAAGAAAAUUGUUGUUUUAGAAGCCAUAAUCGAAGCGAAGCCAGAAUUAAUCCUAAUGAGCGACAGUGAAGGAAGAAAUCCGCUUCAUUAUGCUGCAUCUUUGGGUCACCUAGAAGCAACACAUUACCUGCUAACAAAAUGUAAGAGAAAUGCAACUAGAAGAGACGAAAGAGGUGAACUGCCUAUUCAUUUGGCAGCACUUGAAGGCCAUGUUGACGUCAUUCGCGUUUUGCUUCAACAUCCCACCGAAGCAGAGGAGCUGCUCGACAAGUCUGGCAAUAAUAUUCUACAUAUUGCUGCUCGGAGUGGAAGAUAUAAUGUGUUCCGUUUCGUUCUCAAGAAUCCAAAUCUCAACUCCCUCAUAAACAUGAAAAAUAAUUCCGGAGACACGCCCCUGCAUAUUGCCACCAGGAAUGAUCAUGCUAAGAUAGUCAGUACCUUAACAUGGGACCAGCGUGUCGAAACAAAGGCGGUUAACAACAAGGACAUGACAGCACUUGAUGUUGCUUAUGAAGAAAGGAUUCAUAAUCCUUCUUUUGCAAAGCGUUUGACAUGGGCUGCUCUGAAAUCUGCAUCUGUUCCUCAAAAUUUAGAAUUAGGUAGAAAGGUGAAUGUCAACUUAAAUGUCUAUAAGGAAAGAGUAAACACACUCCUGGUUGUGGCAACUCUGGUCGCCACGGUAACUUUUGCAGCUGGUUUCACCAUGCCUGGUGGCUACAUUAGCUCUGAAACUGGCACUGAUUUGGGCAUGGCAACAUUGUGGAAGGACACGGUAUUCCAUGUUUUUGUUUUAUGCGACACUAUAGCCAUGUAUACUUCAAUCCUUGUUGUCACUGCUCUCAUCUGGGCUCAGUUAGGUGAUACCACCUUAGUCAUCCGUUGCCUUGAGCUUGCGGCACCUUUGCUCGGCGUUGCUAUGAUCAUGAUGUCCAUGGCUUUCACAGCUGGAGUUACCGCAGUUGUUACCAAACUCAGGUGGCUCCAAAUCACUGUGGUUGCCAUGAGCACAUCUUGCAUCGCCUUAUUGCUUGUGCUCCUGCUUCCUUUGUGUACACCACUUACUUCAAGGAGUCGGAUACUACGGUAUCUUUCUUACUACCCAUUUUGCUUGCUCGUAUUAGUUACUAGCACAAAGCCGAGCACAAAGCCGAAUCAUUGAAGUCUGAAGCACCACCUAUUCCACAUUGUGGCACUGUAUCGUAUCUAGUUAUUUAUGUUGGUAUGUACUUUUAAUAAUUCCAGAUUGGAGCACUAUGUCGUCUCUAGUUAUUUGUGUUGGUAUGCACUUUAAUCUACUAAUAGUGAGGUAAAAACACUUCUUGUAUUAGAAAAUACAUUACUGUCUUA